AUGAAUUUCUUUCGAGGUGGUUCUGGAAGCUCAGAAACGUUCUGGACGACGACGGGCAUGUUCCCGCAGGAACUCAUCGUUGGGUUUCCUGCGCGCGUGAGGAUCAGCAGAGUCGCAAUCCAGUGUUCGCAGGUGCGGACUUUAAGGAUUGAAAGAAGCGUAUCUAAAGACCCGGUGGGUUUUGAAGAGUGCAUUGAAAAAGAUUUGCAACACACAGAAGGACAGCUUCAAAUGGAAGAAUUUUCACUUCCUGAUUUCCAAGCCACUUACUUGCGUUUCAUCAUCAAAUCUGCUUUUGAUCAUUUUGUAUCAGUGCACCGGGUGAUGGCAGAGGGCACAGCAGAAAACACUUAA